GUUCAAGAUAAUUAUAAGAUUCCUGUUGUUAUUUCCUACUUAAAAGGGACUGCCGCCAUCUGGUGGGUUGCUGCCAAGACUAUUUACCCUGCUAUUGAUCAUUGGAAUGAUAAUCAUCAUCAAGAUAAGAACAAAGAAAUGACAUCUUCUGAUAAUACUGAGGGGGCUUCUAAAAGACAGGAUCAGGAGCAAA